CAGAGGAAGAGUGGGUGAGGAGUUGUUAUAUAAAUUCCCACAUUACGCAGCUCUUCCUCAAUCUCAGAGAUGCGGGUCUGGUGAGAUGACCAAUACAAUGGCAAAUGUUUCUCUACCACUGGAGUUCAACGUGAGCCUGUUUUCAGAUUUCCUGAUACAUGGAGGGGAGCUGGGUCUCAAGGAGAUCUACACAGACUUGGCCAUCUUUCUUCUUGUGGUAUACAUUAUGGUCCUCAUCGGCAACGCCAUGAUCAUCACUCUGGUGUUGCUCGACUCCAAACUUCACACACCAAUGUAUAUUUUCCUCUGUAAUCUGUCUCUCACAGAUAUAGUGAUAACCACCAGCGUUUUACCUAAAAUGAUAUCAGUGUGUUUGUGGAAUGAUGUGUCCAUUUCAUUUGCAGGUUGCUUCUUGCAGAUGUAUAUCUAUUUGACAUUCCAAACUGCAGAGGGAUUUCUCCUAUGUGCUAUGGCCUACGACCGCUAUGUUGCUAUCUGCAAUCCUUUACGCUACAACAGCAUCAUGACAAUCAAAGUAUGUGUGAUCCUGGCCUCAACAGCAUGGGCUUUGGGGUUAAUUCUUCCAGCAUUGAAUGUCAUUCUUGCAUCACAACUACCUUUCUGUAGUAAUCAGAUAAUAUAUUGGUUUUGUGAUUAUCCUCCGAUUGUUACAUUGUCUUGUUUGGACACAACACUGUUGAUAGAUCUAGCCCUCGCAUGUGCUUUAUUUGUGAUGUAUGUUCCAUUCACUGUCAUAAUUUGGUCAUAUUGUAAUAUCAUCAAAUCUGUUUGCAAAAUUGCCACAUCUGAAGGGCGGAAAAAAGCUUUCUCUACCUGCUCCUCUCAUCUCAUUGUUGUCCUUACCUUCUACAUUGCUCAUUCAUGUGUCUACAUCAGUGCUAAAUCAUAUCAUAUUCAUCCAAAUGUUCUCAUCCUUAUAUCUAUUGUCAACUGUAUUUUAACUCCUCUUGUGAACCCACUUGUUUACAGUUUCAGGAACAAACAGAUCAAGGAUUCUGUCCUGAAACUCUUGUUCUCCAAUAAAGUUAUUCCAUAAU